UAGUGGGUAAGCGCCACGGCUCGAGGGGCCCGCGACCACGCAAGCCACGAUGGCCGCCUUGCUGGGCCGGACGCUAGCGCUGGCCGUGUUGGCGGCCUGCGUUCUGCGCAGCUGCGGGGUCGCCAUACCGUGGCGCUGGCAGGGCAGCUCGCGAGGACACAGGGCCCUGCCUGAACAGAGCCGCUGCCUCGCCGAUGCCCGCGCCCAGGAGAUCGGGGACCGCGCCACCUGCCCCUUUGACGUCAUCAUCAACGUGGACCCGAAACGGAUACCCGCUGAGAUACCCAUGGCGAGCUGCAGGUGUCCGAAAUUCCAGUGCGGCGGGAACAAGCGCUGCGUGACGCUGUCGUUCAUGAUCGACGUCUCGUACAACGUGAGCGGCGUGCUGAAGCCGAAGAAGAUCGAGACUUCGUCUGGCUGCGUCUGCGCCUGGCCUCAGCUGGUCCAGCCACCGGCGAGUGUGGACACUGGAAUGGCUCCGAGGCCAGACGAUCCGGGCUACUAUCUCGUGCGGUGACUUCGCUGGCUCCCCCAAUAAAUUUCAUUUUCAGUGGC